AUGCCAUUCGAUACCGGUUGUGGGAUUAUUAGUGAUGAAGAAGAUGAUUUUAUCAAUCAGGAACAUAAACUGAAUAAAUUGCGCGAGAUCUCGCGGAUCGAUGAUGAAGUUGGUAAAAGACAAAAAGAGAUUGAUCAAUUACUUGCCCAGCGACAACAACAAAAACAAGCGUUGAUUUCCAAUGAAAAACAAACAGAAUUAGACGAUCAGAGGGCCAUCAAGAAACAACAACAGCAACAACAACAAAAACGAAUAAAAUCGGCUUCCAUGGCCUCUUCUGCCCUGACAAAGCGACAUAUCCUCUCAAAUAAUAACAACAAUAACUCAUUUGCACAAAAACUUGCCAAUGUGUAUAAAUCAGAGAAGGCAACUCAGUUGGAAAGAAAACAGUUCCUCCAAGAAAGAAAAUACGCUUUUGGUUUGGAUAAUGAUGAAUCCAUCAUGGUAACCCCGAUAGAUGUCGAUGGUGAGAAAGAGGAAUACUCGGGGCAACAGCUUAGUAAACGAUAUAUCGACGCCACGACGAUAUCAAAGAUCUUCAAAGAUAAAAAAGUGUUGAGGGUCGACAAGUUGUUUGCUAAAGUGUGUCCUCCUGAUUUUUCGGAACCAGAGUAUCCUAAUUGGGUGGUGAUUGGGGUGAUAACUGCAAAAGAAGAUCCUAAGAAAAUUUCCACCGACCACUCUCGACAAAAGAAAACCACCACCAGUGACCUGGGAGGAAAAUACAUGAAACUUACUAUCUCCAACUACGUCCUCAGUGUUUCUUUAAUGCUAUUCGGUCCGGCGUUCGACAAGUAUUGGAAAUUACAAGCCGGGGACGUCGUGGGGAUUUUAAAUCCAAAAGUCUCUCCUUGGAAAUUCGCCAGUGAUGGACAAUACAAAUCAUUCAACCUAGUAUUAUCCACCGAUUAUGAUUCGAUUGUGGAAAUCGGCCGGUCGAAAAAUUUCGGCCAUUGUAAAGCGUUCAAAAAAAACUCAUCUACCAGAACUUGUGGCGUUCCCGUCGAUAAAUCGAAAUCCGAGUACUGUGAAUACCAUCAAAACCUAUCAUUGAAACGGAUCACCGCCAAUCGAUUAGAACUUGGCGGGUUAUCCACCAGUGGUGGCCCCAAUAAGCUGCGAAACAUGGUGGAGAACAAAACGGUGUUGAUGAAUACAAAUUAUAAGACCAACGAUGCUCGAAGUUUUGGAUUACAAAUUUAUGAUAAUCCCAAUGCCUCGCGGUUCCACUCGCAGGACGAUUUAAAUGUCGGGAACGUGUAUUUUUCCAAUAUCAAUGCGAAAAAAGCGUUUUUCGACGAUGAAUACGUGAACCCGGAGGCGGUGGCCAAUGUCGAUUCCAAACGCAAGAAAUUGGCCAAUAAGAAGAAGGAAUCGGAGCUACGACAACGGCUUCUGGGGAUUAAAGGGGGGAAAUCUCUAAAAAACGAUAUCGUUUAUGAUGAAGCUGGGAAUCUUGAAGCAAUGAAGCAAAAUGCCGCCAAAGUGUUCGAGACGGCAUUUACUCCAGAUACCAUCAAUCAAUUAGGGUUUGACCCCACCAAGAAAAUGUUCGGCGCUUCAAAACUUCAAGGCGACGAUGUUCUGGACCGACGAGGCCGGGCCAAGCAUAAGAUUGAAUCGCUCGAUGCGAUUCGUAAAAAACGCAAAAGAAUCCACCUUUCGCCAUCUAGAGAAUCCAAGGAAAAGCGGACUAAGGAUUGGAAUCGUAAUGUGAAAUCAUUGAAACAUUAUCGGAAAGAAGUGCAAGAGAAACAGGAUUUCCAAAAUUAUUUAUCCGAAGAAUUGUCUUCUGCCCCAUCAUCGGCGUUUUCUAGUCCUGCGAAAGUAAAGAAGCAAGUAGACGUUGGGAACAUAAAAAACCAACAAUUAGAUGACGAAAAGAUAACCCAGCAACUAGAGACUGGUAAGAAGAAUUUGGUUGGCAAAUUGAUGGAAUCCAGUAAACCAGAAGAAGUUAAUUUACAGUCCACUAAAAAAACCAUGGUUGGAAAAUUUAUGGCCAUGAGAAAUCGACCUGAAAAACAGAAUGAGGAGCGUAGUAGCAGUACUAGUAGUAGCGAUAGUGAAUUAGAGAUUGAUUUUGGUGGUAAUGAGGAGAAGUAUUAUUCCGCCAUUGGGAGCAGGUAG